GUGAUAGCAGGAAAUUCUUUAAUCUCCUUCAUCUAGAAAAUGCCUCCUCUUUCUUCAAGACCAGCUGAGAUGAUUUCUUCUCUGUGAAAUCAGCACAGACACCUCAGAAAUUGUUAACUACCCCUCACCUAGGCUGUACCAGUUCUUUGUCGAAAUCUCUGUUUGUGGUACUUGCCAGUGGGCUAUUGUAACUGAUCAUUUUUGUGCCUUAUUUCUUCUGUCCUUGGAGGGACUCAAGGGUAGAUGCAACAUCACAGCCUCUGCAUUCUCAGGACCUAACCCAGGAUCAGUGCAGGGAUGUGCAGAUGAGUGGGCUGUGGGGUGUCCUGCUCACGGUUUCAUGGAUGAAUGGCUUAUUCAGAAGAGCAUAAAGGUAUGCCCUGUGGUUUCAUCCGCCAGAAUUCCGGCAACUCCAUUUCCUUGGACUUUGAGCCCAAUAUAGAGUACCAGUUUGUGGAGCGGUUGGAAGAGCGCUACAAAUGUGCCUUCUGCCACUCGGUGCUUCACAACCCCCACCAGACAGGAUGUGGGCACCGCUUCUGCCAGCACUGCAUCCUGUCCCUGAGAGAAUUAAACACAGUGCCAAUCUGCCCUGUAGAUAAAGAGGUCAUCAAAUCUCAGGAGGUUUUUAAAGACAAUUGCUGCAAAAGAGAAGUCCUCAACUUAUAUGUAUAUUGCAGCAAUGCUCCUGGAUGUAAUGCCAAGGUUAUUCUGGGCCGGUACCAGCAGGUCCCACUGGCCUGUUGUUAUCUGUUGCAGGAUCACCUUCAGCAGUGCUUAUUUCAAGCUGUGCAGUGUUCUAAUGAGAAGUGCCGGGAACCAGUCCUACGGAAAGACCUGAAAGAGCAUUUGAGUGCAUACUGUCAGUUUCGAGAGGAAAAAUGCCUUUAUUGCAAAAAGGAUGUGGUAGUCAUCAAUCUACAGAAUCAUGAGGAAAACUUGUGUCCUGAAUACCCAGUAUUUUGUCCCAACAAUUGUGCGAAGAUUAUUCUAAAAACUGAGGUGGAUGAACACCUGGCUGUAUGUCCUGAAGCUGAGCAAGACUGUCCUUUUAAGCACUAUGGCUGUGCUGUAACGGAUAAACGGAGGAACCUGCAGGAACAUGAGCAUUCAGCCUUACGGGAGCACAUGCGUUUGGUUUUAGAAAAGAAUGUCCAAUUAGAAGAACAGAUUUCUGACUUACACAAGAGCCUAGAACAGAAAGAAAGUAAAAUCCAGCAGCUAGCAGAAACUAUAAAGAAACUUGAAAAGGAGUUCAAGCAGUUUGCACAGUUGUUUGGCAAAAAUGGAAGCUUCCUCCCAAACAUCCAGGUUUUUGCCAGUCACAUUGACAAGUCAGCUUGGCUAGAAGCUCAAGUGCAUCAAUUAUUACAAAUGGUUAACCAGCAACAAAAUAAAUUUGACCUGAGACCUUUGAUGGAAGCAGUUGAUACAGUGAAACAGAAAAUUACCCUGCUAGAAAACAAUGAUCAAAGAUUAGCUGUUUUAGAAGAGGAAACUAACAAACAUGAUACCCACAUUAAUAUUCAUAAAGCACAGCUGAGUAAAAAUGAAGAGCGAUUUAAACUGCUGGAGGGUACUUGCUAUAAUGGAAAGCUCAUUUGGAAGGUGACAGAUUACAAGAUGAAGAAGAGAGAGGCGGUGGAUGGGCACACAGUGUCCAUCUUCAGCCAGUCCUUCUACACCAGCCGCUGUGGCUACCGGCUCUGUGCUAGAGCAUACCUGAAUGGGGAUGGGUCAGGGAGGGGGACACACCUGUCCCUAUACUUUGUGGUCAUGCGAGGAGAGUUUGACUCACUGUUGCAGUGGCCAUUCAGGCAGAGGGUGACCCUGAUGCUUCUGGACCAGAGUGGCAAAAAGAACAUUAUGGAGACCUUCAAACCUGACCCCAAUAGCAGCAGCUUUAAAAGACCUGAUGGGGAGAUGAACAUUGCAUCUGGCUGUCCCCGCUUUGUGGCUCAUUCUGUUUUGGAGAAUGCCAAGAAUGCCUACAUUAAAGAUGACACUCUGUUCUUGAAAGUGGCCGUGGACUUAACUGACCUGGAGGAUCUCUAGUCACUGUUAUGGGGUGAUAAGAGGACUUCUUGGGGCCAGAACUGUGGAGGAGAGCACAUUUGAUUAUCAUAUUGACCUGGAUUUAGACUCAAAGCACAUUUGUAUUUGCCUUUUUCCUUAACGUUUGAAGUCAGUUUAAAACUUCUGAAGUGCUGUCUUUUUACAUUUUACUCUGUCCCAGUUUGAAACUUACAACUCUUAGAAUAUUCUCUUAUUAUUUAUAUUUUUAUAUUUCUUGAAAGAUGGUAAGUUUCUUGAAGUUUCCGGGGCGUUUCUCUUUUACUGGUGCUUAGCGCAGUGUCUCGGGCACUCUAAAUAUUGAGUGUUAUGGAGGACACGGAGGUAGCAGAAUCCCAGUUGAAAAUGUUUUGAUAUUUUAUUGUUUGGCCUAUUGAUUCUAGACCUGGCCUUAAGUCUGCAAAAGCCAUCUUUAUAAGGUAGGCUGUUCCAGUUAAGUAGUGGGUGAUGUAGUUACAAAGAUAAUAUGCUCAGUUUGGACCUUUUUUUUCAGUUAAAUGCUAAAUAUGUGAAAAUUACUAUACCUCUAAGUAUUUUCAUGAAAUUCACCAGCAGUCUGCAAGCACAGUUUUGUAAGGCUGCAUAAGAACUGGUGAAUGGGGUAAGCAUUUUCAUUCUUCCUGCUGAAGUAAAGCAGAAAGUACUGCAUAGUAUAUGAGAUAUAGACAGCUAGCUAAAGUUCAGAUUUCAUUAGGUUCAACCCUAUGAAAAAAACUAUUUUCAUAGGUCAAAAAUGGUAAAAAAUUAGCAGUUUCAUAAGAUUCAACCAAAUAAAUAUAUAUAUACACACACACACAUACAUAUACACCUAUAUAUGUGUGUAUACAAACAGUUCGAAUGUAUUUUGGUAACAGUAAUAAAUCAAUGUGAGGAUGGAUAGAAUUUAGUAUAUGAUAGAGAAAAUGUCAUAAAUGGAUAAAAGGAAUUUACAACUUGAGGAGAAAACCUUUACAAUUUCCUAUGGGUGUCAGAAGUACUGUCAGCGAAAACUGAUGGCUAAAACAGUAUCUACUAUUCUCUGAUAACUUUUUUUUUGAGACAGAGUUUCAUUGUCACCCAGGCUGGAGUGCAGUGGCGUGAUCUCAGCUCACUGCAACCUCUGCCUCCCGAGUUCAAGUGAUUCUCCUGCCUCAGCCUCCUGAGUAGCUGGGAUUACAGGCGCCCGUCACCACACCCAGGUAAUUUUUGUAUUUUUAGUAGAGACGGAGUUUUGCCAUGUUGGCCAAGCUGGUCUCAAACUCCUGACCUCAAGUGAUCUGCCCGCCUCGGCCUCCCAAAGUGCUGAGAUUACAGGCAUGACCCACCGCGUCAAGCCUCUGACAACUAUUGAAUUUGUAAGCUGCUAUGCAAAUGGGCAUUUAUAUAAACUUGUAAUGUUUCUUGUCAGAAUUCUGAGUACUUUGUGAAGAACAGAAAUGAUCAUGUUCUUAUGCAUCUAUCUGUAUGGGUCUGAAGGUAUAUAUACAAACUGAGAUGAGUCCUUAUGACUCUUGAUAAGCCUGAGUUUAACAACAACAAAAAUGCCAAGUUGUCCUGAGCCCUUCUGCAUUGUUAUGCCACUUCCCUACUGCUCAUAUGCACGCUGGCUCCCCUGGGCACGCAAGGAUGAGUAUGGGCCAUGGGCCCCUGUAGAGCUGCUUACCUGGUGAUGACCAGGCACCUUACAGUUUCUGAACAGUUAACCCUAUAGAAGCAUGCUUUAUAUGAGUGUCUUCUGGGAAGAGGAACCUUCUUAAUCUCUUCUGUGGGAUUUUCAAAAUGCUAAAGACUCACACUGCAGCAAUCAUCCCAGAUGAUUAAAUUCAAAGAAAUAGGUUCACAACAGGAAUAUACUGAAGAACUAGAGUGUCGCUGCUGGUGAACUGUGGCACGGUUGCUCAACACAUCACCUCGGACAAAUUCAGGAAGCAUUUCUUUAGCCCACAAGUCCAGACCCAGGUGCUCUGUAUGUUUGUUUUUAAUAUUCAUCAUAUCCAAGUUCACUCUGUCUUCCUGAGCAGUGGAAGAUCAUAUUGCUGUAACUUCUUUUAAGUAGUUGAUGUGGAAAACAUUUUAAAGUGAAUUUGUCAAAAUGCUGGUUUUGUGUUUUAUCCAACUUUUGUGCAUAUAUAUAAAGUAUGUCAUGGCAUGGUUUGCUUAGGAGUUCAGAGUUCCUUCGUCAUCGAAAUAGUGAUUAAGUGAUCCCAGAACAAGGAAUACUAGAGUAAAAAGCACCUCUUUUUCACAAAA